AUGCUGGCCGCCGUAGGGCGCGGCACCGCCGCCGACCUGCAGCGGCGCGAGCUGGCGGCGGCGGCGGGCGCGGCCGCGGCGGCGCAGCGCGACGCGGCCGUUCGCGGCGGCGGGGCCGGGUUUGAGGGCGGCGCUGGCAAGCAGGGCAAGGGGCUCAAGGGCGGCAAGGGUGUGGCAGUGGCCGGCAAGGGGAUCAAGCGGAAGCUGGCUGGUAUUGCGGGCCUCACGGCGCCGCGGGCACACGGGCCCGGUCAGCACGCGAGCCAGCAGCAGCAGCAGCAGCAUCACGCCCUGGCCCCGGCGGCGGUGCUGCAGCAGCAGCAGCAGCAGCAGCUGUACCAGGCCGCGGCGGCUGCGGCGCAGUACGCCGCGCACAUGCCGGCGGUGCUGCCCCCGGGCGCGGCGGCGGUGGGCGGCGGCGGCGGUGCGCAGGGGUUGACGCAGGUGGUGGUCAUCUUGCCGCCGCCCGCAAGCAGUGCGGCGGACCUGGUCACGUCGGCGCAGCAGGCGCUCGCCCCAGCUCCGCCACAGCCGCAGCCGCAGCAGCAGCCGCAGCCGCCGGAGGGGCUCACCGCCAAGCAGCUGAAGGGGUGGCGGCGCCAGCAGCGGCGGGCUGAGGCCGGCCCCAAGAAGGCGGCGGCGGCGGCGGCCAAUCCCAACCUGGGCGCCCUGCAGAAGCGCGCAGCAGACAGCCUCUCGCCCGGCACAGUGUUCACCGCCGCCAACCGCAUGGCCGCGCUUGAGGACGCGGCCGCGCGGCGUGCUAUUUACAACGCCGCGAUGAAGGAGGCGAGUGAUGCGGCGCGGCUGAAGGCGCAGGCGCAGGGCGCGUCGCCCGGGGUCGUGGCCAACGUGGCCAACCAGGCUGCGCAGUCGUUUGUGACGCGCCUGGGCAAGGCCCUGCGGCAGCUCGGGGUCGCGAUGCCGGCGGCUGGCGGCGGCGGCGGCGGCGGUGCGGAUCUGGGUGUUCAGGGCGGCGGCGUCAAGAAGGCCAAGGCCAAGGCCAAGAUGAAGCCGCCGAAAGCCAAGUCGCCCAAGGUGAAGCAGCCCAAGGCCAAGGGCAAGGGGAAACCGGGCGACAGCGGCGGCAGUGUGGAGAGCGGCAACGGCAAGGGGAAAGGGCCCAAGGGGGCCCGGGGACAGGGGAAGGCGCGGGGCGGAUGGCACCAUAAUGACGGCUGA